GUAGAGACAGGCAGCUAGUGGAGUGGUGGUCACUUGUCCUGCAGCUUCAUCUGCAGCAUGUCGUCCAUUAGCUCCUACCACUCCCAGCGCUACAGCAGCUCUUUCCGUCAGGGAAAAAGCCGGUUGAGUGAGCCUGACCACGAGCCUUUCAUCAAUGAGAAGGACAGGAACCUGCUACGACACGGUGCUUUGCCAGCAAGGGAAUCCUUUGCAAAUGCAGCCCUGACGGCCCAGACUCCAGGACGCCCCAUCCGCCUGGGAGACUCCUUCCAAAUGUCCACGGACGUCAGCCAGUUUGAACCCCAAGAGGUGGUUGUUGUUUUUUACAACCAUCACAUUGUGAUUCAAGCUGAGCAGGUAGCAGAAGAUGGGACAAUCAGGAACACUUUCAGUCACAAGUACCAGCUCCCAGAGGAUAUAGACCCAAUGUCUGUGAGCUGCACCCUCACUGAAGCAGGCAUGCUGGUGAUCAGUGUGAGAAGAAACCCAUUCCUGAGCCACAAUGAGCCACCACCCCCUCUUUACCGUUCUGAGAUGACGCUCUAGAGGGUUGGGUCCUCCUAAAAGUAAAGUAAGAUGGGCUUCUAGGAAUCUUCUAAGCAGUGUUAAGCUUGUUGACAAUAAAAUAAGAGUUGAAA